UCUGGGGUCUGGGGAAAUACUCCAGUCCAACGGCCAUGAGAAUCAACGUACUGCUAUAAAAGGCAGCUUAAAAGCCCAUGUCCUUGCUACGAGAGAAGUAUGCUUUUGACUAGACUUGUAUAGAAUCUCAAUCUUCACUAAUGCGCUUCUUACGUUUCCUUCUAGCCGCCCCGUUGGCUCUCGCGGCGAGCAUCCCCAGGGCCGAGACCCCAACUACUUUCUCCGAGGUGACCAUCUUCAGUCCGCCAUCCGACUAUGUCAUUCCUCGUACCCUCUACGCUCGCAACCUCCAAUUACCCAAUGGAGAUCUAUUAGCGACCUGGGAAAACUACUCGCCCGAGCCACCAGCGGUCUAUUUCCCAAUCUAUCGCUCAACCGAUAGCGGUAAGACCUGGAGCGAAUUGUCUCGCGUAGAAGACACAGCCAAUGGACUAGGUCUGCGCUACCAGCCGUUCCUUUACUACCUGGAAGAGUCAGUUGGAUCGUACGAGGCUGGUACUAUCCUGUUAGCUGGGAGCAGCAUCCCAACAGACCUCGCGACCACGCAAAUCGAUCUUUAUGCUUCUCGCGACUCUGGCGUCACAUGGGAGUUCGUGAGCCAUAUCGCUGCUGGCGGUGAAGCGCUUCCUAACAACGGAUUGACCCCAGUCUGGGAACCAUUCCUUCUUGCUCACAAUGGAAAGUUGAUCUGCUACUACUCGGACCAGAGAGCCAACGAAACGUAUGGCCAGAAACUCGUUCACCAAACCACCACCGACCUGAAGAACUGGGGUGAUGUAAUCGACGAUGUUACAUAUCCUACCUACACUGAUCGCCCGGGUAUGCCCGUUGUCACCAAGCUGCCAACCGGUGAAUUCAUCAUGACAUACGAAUAUGGAUCAUACUUCGGCACCUCCGACUAUUCCUUCCCUGUCUAUUACAGGAUCUCAGCGGACCCCGAGAACUUCCUCGCGGCUCCACACCAGAAGCUCGUCGUGUCAAGUGGCACUCAGCCUACUGGUUCCCCUUACAAUGUGUGGACUCCCUUCGGAGGUGACAAUGGCACCCUUGUUGUCAGCUGCGGCAACUUGGGCUCUGUCUUUGUCAACCAGGCCCUGGGUGAAGGCGAGUGGACGGAGAUCUCUACCCCAGAGAGCGCGAGCUAUACUCGGUCGCUGCGCAUCUUGCAGGAGAAGGAGAACUAUCUCUUGCUGAACGGUGGUGGUGUGCUUCAAGGAGAGUCGAAUAAGGUUACAGUCAGUGUGAUGGAUUUGGAGGCUGCAUUGGCAUAGAUGCCUGCCUUUUAGAGAUAUGAAUAUGCUGUCUUCUUGUGACGAUUUUAGCAUAUAGAUAGUCAUCGAAUUCUA